UCAUGUGGUUAAGUGCCGUGUGCAUCAAUAUCCCAGUCUACUCUGCCAGGUGUUUCGCAAGUCAGGACUCGCCGCUGUAUCAACAACACUCGCAUCACCAUGUCCUUGAAGGAGGUCGCUUGUCGGGAGAUUGACGCUAACGCAGCAGAUCUCAACACUCUCAGUCAAGAAAUCUGGAAACACCCUGAGCUUGCCUAUGAGGAAACGUUUGCACAUGACUACAUAACAGGGUAUCUUGAGAAAUGUGGGUUCGAUGUCCAGCGGAGGUAUAACCUCCCAACAGCUUUCCGGGCAGAGUACGGAGAGAGCGGACCUGGUCCGAAUGUGGCGGUCAUUUGUGAGUAUGACGCUCUGCCGGGAAUCGGACACGCAUGUGGCCACAACCUCAUAGCCGAAGUGGGCGUGGCAGCGGGCCUGGGGAUAAAGGCUGCGCUACAGGCGGCGGGGAAACCCAUUGGCAAGGUGACGGUACUGGGGACUCCGGCUGAGGAGUCAAUGGGAGGAAAAAUAGAUCUGAUCAAUGCCGGAGUAUUCAAAGACAUCGACGUCGCCAUGAUGGCCCACCCAACACCGGAGACGGCGGAAUAUAUGCCAUCAUUAGCUAGGCAAAAGUGCUUCAUCAAGUUCCACGGCAAGGCGUCUCACGCUGCGGGAUUUCCCUGGGACGGCAUCAACGCUCUUGACGCCGCCGUCCUGUGCUACCAGAACGUCUCCUGUCUCAGACAACAGAUGAAACCUGACUGGAGAGUGCAUGGUGUGAUACACAACGGAGGAGUCAAGCCAAACAUCAUCCCCGAGCUGACUGAGAUGGAGUUUAACUGCAGGGCGCCCACCGACAGUGAGGUGAAGGAGCUGACGAAGAAGUUCUCUGCUUGUGUGGAGGCUGCUGCUACAGCCACAGGAUGCAAGGCAGACUAUUAUUUUCAUCCCAAAGCGUACGAAAGCCUCAUCACUAACAAAAUCCUGGCCACAUCCUACACGGAACAUGCCAAGUCCCUUGGGCUGGAAUUCUCGCCCACUGAACGUGUCAGGGGAAAGUACGUUGGUUCCACGGAUAUGGGAAACGUGUCACAUGUAGUGCCGAGCAUCCACCCAAUGUUCUUCGUGGGUAGGAAAAACUGCAUCAACCACACAACAGAAUUUACCGAAGCAGCAGGUUCCUCUGACGCCCAGCCCUAUACACUGAAAGUAAGCAAGGCACUUGCUAUGACGGGUGUAGAGCUACUUUUACAACCGUCAUUGACACAGGAGGCUAAAAGGGAUCUCCUUGCAGAUGUCCAGUCUUCAUAAAAAUGCAUACAUUUGUAUUCCAUGAUUCAUAUAUUGUAUAUGUUUAUCUUUCUUCACAUGGAGUUCUAUUUGAUAUCUGUCUUCCAAUGGGCACUUUCAAUUGACUUGAUGUUAAUAAUAGUUAUUCUUUGUCACGUCUAAUAUUUUCAGACUAGGUGGUCUGUACUAUUUUGUGUGUUCCUCAUUCCAGUCUGUUCUACUUUACUAUGUCGUUCAAAAAUAAGAAAGGGUAAUAUUUCCGCCCAUUCACCGCCUCAAUACAGAUAUCAUUCCGCUGUGAGAAAAACGAUUCAACGCUGCAUCUUCUUACACCGAUACAGCAAACGUUGCACUACGACCCAACACAUGUUCCAAUGUCGGGGCUGCGCGUUCGGUAAAUGUUAAAAUUGGAAGCUCCUGAAGACAAGAUUCAUAUAUUUUUUGCACAUAGUUUUAUCUAUACAGACAACAUACCUGUUGUAUCAUCAACCAAAGGAAGAUUUGUAUAUUUUGACUUUUUUUCUUUCGACUGACCGAAGCUGAGAUUGGAGUU